AUGGCAAGCAGGCGAAAAUCAACAACACCCUGCAUGGUCCUUGCCAGUGAACAGGAUCCAGACCUCGAGUUGAUAUCAGAUUUGGAUGAAGGGCCUCCUGUACUCACUCCUGUAGAAAACAGCAGAGCAGAGAGCAUCUCAAGCGAGGAAGAAGUUCAUGAAUCUGUGGAUUCUGACAAUCAGCAAAAUAAAAAAGUUGAAGGUGGUUAUGAAUGUAAAUAUUGUACUUUUCAAACUCCAGACCUAAAUAUGUUUACUUUUCAUGUGGAUUCAGAGCAUCCCAACAUAGUGCUAAAUUCCUCCUAUGUUUGUGUCGAAUGUAAUUUUCUCACCAAAAGGUAUGAUGCACUUUCUGAGCAUAAUCUGAAGUACCACCCAGGAGAAGAGAAUUUUAGGUUGACUAUGGUGAAACGAAAUAACCAGACAAUCUUUGAACAAACUAUAAACGAUCUGACUUUUGAUGGUAGUUUUGUUAAAGAGGAGAACUCAGAGCCGGCUGAAUCUACAGAAGUUCCUUCUUCAGGAAUUCCUAUCAGUAAAACUCCCAUUAUGAAAAUGAUGAAAAAUAAAGUGGAGAACAAGCGUAUUACAAUUCAUCAUAACUCAGCUGAGGAUGUUCCUGAAGAGAAAGAGAAAGAGAUCAAACCAGACCUUGAAGAAAGUGUGGAAAAUCCUACUUCUUCAGCUUCUGACUCUAAUACCAGUACUUCCAUUGUCAACAGAAUACACCCAAAUGCUGCCAGCACGAUAGUGGCCCCAGCAGCAGUUCUUCCUGGACUAGCACAGGUGAUAACCGCUGUGUCAGCUCAGCAGAAUUCCAAUCUGAUUCCCAAAGUCUUAAUUCCUGUGAGUAGCAUUCCUACCUACAAUGUUGCAUUGGAUAACAACCCCCUUUUGCUUAACACCUACAAAAAAUUCCCUUACCCAACCAUGUCAGAAAUUACUGUUCUAUCCGCUCAAGCAAAAUAUACAGAAGAACAGAUCAAGAUAUGGUUUUCAGCCCAACGUCUAAAACAUGGUGUGAGCUGGACUCCCGAGGAAGUAGAGGAGGCAAGAAGAAAGCAAUUCAACGGAACAGUACACACUGUACCUCAGACCAUAACUGUUAUUCCGACACACAUUUCCACGGGGAGUAAUGGCUUACCAUCCAUUUUACAGACAUGCCAAAUAGUUGGUCAGCCAGGCCUGGUUCUUACACAAGUAGCUGGAACAAACACCUUGCCGGUAACAGCGCCGAUAGCCUUGACAGUGACAGGGGUGCCAAAUCAAAGCAGUGUACAGAAGAGUCAGGCCCCUGCUGCUCCGCCUCCUGCAGAAGCAAAACCAGCAGCAGCAGCCAAAGCAGCAGCAACAGCAGCAGCAGCAGCAACGGCAGCAGCAGCAACAGCUGCAGCAGCAACAGCCGCAGCAGCAAAAGCACCACCAACAGCCGCAGCAGCAACAGCCGCAGCAGCAACAGCCGCAGCCGCAGCCGCAACGGCAGCAGCAGCAGCAACGGCAGCAGCAGCAACAGCAAAGGCAGCAGCAGCAGCAGCACCAACAGCAGCAGCACCAACAGCCACGGCAGCAGCAGCAGCAACAGCAGCACCAACAGCAAUGGCAGCAGCAGCAGCAACAGCAACGGCAGCGGCAGCAACGGCAGCAGCAACUGCAAAGGCAGCACCAACAGCAGCAGCACCAACAGCAGCAGUCCCAACUUCUCAGGCUGUCAAACACGAAACCACACCGGCAAACCCCGAUUCAUUUGGCAUUCGGGCAAAAAAGACUAAAGAGCAACUGGCAGAAUUAAAAGUCAGCUACCUUAAAAAUCAGUUUCCUAGUGACUCAGAAAUCAGCAGACUUAUGAAAAUUACAGGCUUGACAAAAGGAGAGAUUAAAAAAUGGUUUAGCGACACGAGGUACAAUCAGAGAAAUUCAAAGAGUAAUCAGUGCUUACAUCUCAACAGUGAUUCCUCCACUCCCAUUAUUAUAGACUCCAGUGAUGAGACUACGGAAUCCCCAACCGCUGUUACUUCACAGCAUAAACAAUCCUGGAAUCCUUUCCCCGACUUUACUCCCCAGAAGUUUAAAGAAAAGACAGCAGAGCAGCUCCAGGCCCUUCAGGCCAGUUUUCUCAACAACUCCAUACUGACAGAUGAAGAAUUAAAUAGGUUAAGAGCGCAAACCAAACUGACCAGGAGAGAAAUUGAUGCUUGGUUUACAGAGAAGAAGAAAUCAAAAGCUUUAAAGGAAGAGAAAAUGGAAAUAGAUGAAACUAAUGCAGGUAGUUCCAAAGAAGAAGCGGGAGAACCUGCUCCUGGAGAUGAAUCUGGUGCACCUAAGGCCGGGAGUGCAGGCAAGAUAUGUAAAAAAACACUUGAGCAAUUGCACAUGCUCAAAAGUGCAUUUGUCCGAUCCCAGUGGCCGUCAUCGGAAGAGUAUGACAAGCUGGCCAAAGAAAGCGGGCUUCCGAGACCAGACAUAGUUAGUUGGUUUGGGGACACCCGUUACGCUUGGAAAAAUGGAAACUUAAAGUGGUACUACUACUAUCAAAGCUCCAAUUCGAGCGGUCUGAAUGGUCUGUCUGCCCUUAGGAGAAGGGGGAGAGGAAGACCCAAAGGAAGGGGAAGGGGAAGGGGGAGAGGAAGGCCACGAGGAGGCAAGAGAAUGAACAACUGGGACAGGGGGGCGUCACUCAUAAAAUUUAAAACUGGAACUGCAAUACUUAAGGAUUAUUACCUGAAGCACAAAUUUCUUAAUGAGCAAGACCUUGAUGAACUUGUUAACAAAUCACACAUGGGCUACGAGCAGGUCAGAGAGUGGUUUGCCGAAAGACAGAGAAGAUCAGAGUUAGGUGUAGAGUUAUUUGAGGAAAAUGAGGAGGAAGAUGAAGUUAUUGAUGAUCAGGAAGAGGAUGAAGAAGAAACAGAUGAUAGUGACACCUGGGAACCCCCACAACAUGUGAAGCGGAAGCUUUCUAAAUCAGAUGACUGA